CUGGUAACGAGAGUUAGCUUUGUGCUAACCAGGAAGUGAACAUUCCCGGAGAUUUUCGCACUUUUUUUUCUUUCCAGCAGCUGAAAAGUCAAGUCAGAGGCGAAAGUCCACAUCUGGUCUAACCCGCAGUUUUCGACACGUCACUUUUCAACAUGACCAAGCACGAGUUCGAGGUGGCGAUGACGUGCGAGGGCUGUUCAGGAGCCGUCACCAGAGUCCUCAACAAACUGGGAGACGUGAUGUUCGAGAUCGACCUGCCGAAGAAGCUGGUCUGGAUCGAGUCCGACAAAGACGUGGAGGUUCUGAUGGCGACGCUGAAGAAAUGUGGGAAGGACGUCAAGUACAAUGGCACCAAGUGAAGGAGUCUGCCACAAACUGGUGACAGGAAAUCGAUCAUUGCUGCUAAUGCGAAGUGAACCUUUAUAUUCUGGAAUUCAAGUUUUCUACCUGUCGGGACGAGUCUGACGGAGCCGCUGCGCUGAUGUCGACCCUCCUGUAGCUAACGCGCACAAAAAGAUAUCACUCAAUCAUGACAGUGUAAACAAAUAUAUUUUACGUCUCCAAUACGUCUGCCGAGUCAUCGUUCUACCAGUAUUCUCCCAUCAUGCCUCUGUGUUUAAAAAAACAACUAAUCUACACGUUUCCUUGACGUGGCGGUAAAGUUUUAUAUUUUGCUCUUCAUGUGAAAAAUAAACCGACGGCUGUGCAGCGACAUCGUACAUGUUCUUCAGUGAAUAUAAUUCCCCAGGUGUGAAAUAUAUAACAAUGAAAAAUAGACGUCAUGUAACUUGAUAUUUGGAACAUUUUUGUUGCCAUUUUCAUGGAUGUUAUUAAAGUAAUGUAAUCACAUUAAAGUAUGAAAGAAUUAGCAAAUGUCCUUUGUGCAUCUCCUGGAUCGAAAGACGGAUUUGUGUUGAUGUUCUCACAGUAUUAUCGUUUUUGUUUUUUGGGAUGAAAACCUUUAGAAAUCCAUUCCAAGAUUCCUGUUGAUCUGCACUGGGGGGGGCUCAGUCUGUCUUCUCCCUUCAGGAAUCUUCUGCUGGACUUUAUCCAUCACUGUUUACACCAGACGACGUAGUAAAUCAUUUUCGCUAACGCACAGUAACAUACUGACAUUCACUCAGUUGUCGUUUUUACUUUGCGUGAAACUACGGCCAUCUUCUUCUGGGCAUUUUGUUUUGUAACAAAUCAUCUGAGUAAUAAAUUUUAAUAAAAUCA